UUAAUUCAAGAACUUCAUGGUUCAUUGUAGCCAAAACCAUCUACGCCCAUCUUUGACUGGCCAUCCUAUUCGAAAAUGCAUCGUUUCUGCAAUUUCGUCUCUCGGUCAAAGUUGUCAAAAUGGAGUAUUGAGAAACUUCGCCAACCAUCCCACCCAGGGUCUUCUCUUUCGUCUAUGAGGUUCUUCACUAUCGAUGUGGAUAGUGAGACACCAACCAAGAACAACUUUGAACAAGAUUGCCUCCUCAAAUAUCAAGGUCGGAUCCAUCUUCCAUCCAAAAAGUUCGAGAGAGUCCCAGCAGGGCAAGGUUUACUCUGUGAAAUAUUCCCGGAUACCCCCAAAAUAAUCUCCAGGAAACUAUCAACGGAAGAAUGGGAUAAACACAUUGAUAUGUACUCGGGUGAAUCAUUUAUCACAAACAAUUCGGAGCCUUUCGAUCGCCAAAGCCAAAUGCUGCUCGGCCUACACACAAGAAUAAGCAAAGCCGCUCAGGCACUCGAGGAAACGAAAACAACAUGGGAGAAAGAAAGACGGGAAAUCAAUAUAGGAGAGUUCAUCAAGGCCAAACAAUUCCUUUCUAGACUAUCGUGUAGAGGAAUUGCGAAGUUUCGGAUGAAAUUAUCAGCACAAGAGGAGACACUUGCAGAGGAGCGAAACAGGAAUGCUCACAGGCUUGAUUUGUUGAUAUCAAUUAAAGAAGUCGCCAAGUACGAGCACUUGAAUUUUGGUCUGGUUUUCCAGGCCCUCUAUGGAAUUUCUCGGGAGGAAGUCAAGCAUCUGUUAAAGAUGGACAAACGCUGCAAUGGAAUAUUUCAAGUGGAGAGUAUUGUGGAAUGCCAUGGAACGCUCUAUGCUCGACAGAUACCCAGCAGAUUUCUCCAACCAUUCAAACAAUGGUUAGAAGGAGUUCGAAAGGUGAAAUCUCAAAUCGAUAAUACAGUAGGACUGGCCGCCUGUCAAGGACAUACUGUAACAACAUGUUCAGCAUUGAUUUCUAGGGUCGAUGACAAACUUCUCCAAGAAGUCAAAAGAUUGAGUCAGGUUUGCAAAGAGAUGUAUGAGAGUGACAACAGCCACCCAGCCAAGAGAACCAAUGCCCACAAUGAAGCAAUCAUAGGGGAUCUAAGAGAAAGAGAGCUUUUGUUAAAGUUUAGGGCACUCUAG